AAUAAAUGGCUUAAUAAUGUGGACAUUUUCCAUCUACACUCUAGACAAGGACAAUAGUUGAAAUGUGUGGCUGAAUAUCUACCUAAUUAAUGUGAACUGAUUGUUAAAAUUUAUUUUAGCAAUUCAUAUGAAAAACAUAUAUUUAACAUAUAUUUAGCCUGACAUUUCAAAUCUGGUCCUUGAUUACGUGUCACUUCAUAUUCACACAGUUGAAAUGGGCGUGUUCUCCAUUGAUUUGCAUUGACUGAAGAAGGGAGGCUGCACUUGUUGUUUUCCAGUGCUGUCGUAAAUUGUUGUGUCACCUCUUGCCUAACGUUCCACCUUUAUGACCCCACCUGACACGCCACCUAAAUGCUAAUGCUAAUACCUGUUUAAAUUCUUCACCAGGAAGGCACUUGAGAACUCCACCCACUGCUGUUAGCCAUAUUGUAGUUUUUAGUGAACCUUGGAAAAACUCCAACUCCCACGAUGCAUAUCACCUGGAGGGGCUUGAGUCUGAGGAGUGUGAGGAGUGGGGGGACAGGCAGUGAGGAGGAGCUGAAGUGGGGACCUGCGCAAACUUGUGUAGAGGUGUGAGACAAGACCCAUAUACACACGUGAGUGAGUUGUUGACCAACCAGUUCAUGGGCGCGUGACCUCGGAGGCAGUCGGCCGACGAGCGUUGAAGGGGAUAAGCAACUGCAGAGGUUGCAAGAUCUGACUGCAGUCGCAUGCAUCCCGCGAUAGUUUGACACCAUGUGACAUGUCACCUUAUCAACGCAACAUCGACGAAAUUUCGAAGUUUGACAGGAAAUCUAACCGUCAUGCAGCAUUUCAAUCCAGGGUGCAUUGCUGUCUACAUGCACAUGUAUGCGUUGAUGUGAACUCGAUCGCACCUAUUCAUGUGUUAGGCAAACGCGGCGCUACUGUAGCCAUGUUGUAGUUUUUAAUUAACUGUUUAACAUUGCCUCAAUGGCUGGAAAAACUCCAACUCCCAUGAUUCCCUUCUCACCUGUCUAGCCUCUCCCCAAAGAUGGCGCUGGAGAACUCCACCCACUGCGUGUCCGUCACCGAGAAGGCAGAUGACUCCCUUCUGGACCAGAGCCACGAUGUCGUCGACGGCAACGAUGAAGCUCCUCCCCCAGACGACGACGUGGACCAAUCCCAGUCGCAGAUGGCCACGCCCAUCAUCUUCGACGAGGCCCCACCUCCUAAAGCAGCGUCCCCGCCCCCUUCGGAGAAAACGACCAACCAUAGCCAGUCCUUCCAGGAUAAGAUGGCCGCCCGCGAGGCACAGGCCAAUCAGAGGCGUAAGACUAAGAAUGACGGGGCGGGGCAGGAGAGGACCAGGAAGUUUGGAUGGGGUCGGAGCAAGCGGCGUAAGCGUCAACGCUACGUGGAAAAAAACGGCCGCUGUAACGUGCAACACGGUAACACCGGAACCUACCGCUACUUGACCGACAUCUUUACGACUUUAGUCGACCUGAACUGGCGAUGUUCGCUAUUCGUGUUCGUCAUGGCUUACGCUGUGACCUGGCUGUUCUUCGGGGCCAUCUGGUACCUGAUUGCCUACUGUAGGGGCGACCUGGACCACCUGGAGGACGUCACGUGGACUCCGUGUGUCAACAACCUCAACGGCUUCAUCUCAGCCUUCCUCUUCUCCAUCGAGACCGAGACCACCAUAGGUUACGGCCACCGCGUGAUAACUGACCAGUGCCCUGUUGGGACCAUGCUGCUGCUGCUUCAGGCUAUUCUGGGCUCCAUGGUCAACGCUUUCAUGGUGGGCUGCAUGUUUGUCAAGAUCUCUCAGCCCAAUAAGCGUGCCGAGACGCUCGUCUUCUCCCGCCACGCUGUCAUCUCCCUUCGAGACGACAAACUCUGCCUGAUGUUCCGCGUCGGAGACUUGCGCAGCUCACACAUCGUGGGCGCCAACAUGAGAGCCAAGCUCAUCAAGUCCAAACAAACGCAAGAAGGUGAGUUCAUCCCCCUGGACCAGACGGAUAUCAGCGUGGGUUUCGAGACGGGAGACGACCGCCUCUUCCUGGUGUCCCCGCUGGUCAUCGCCCACGAGGUCGACUGCCGCUCGCCCUUCUGGGACAUGAGCCAGGCUCAGCUGGAGAAAGAGGACUUUGAGAUCGUGGUCAUCCUUGAGGGUAUGGUCGAAGCUACAGGCAUGACGUGUCAAGCACGGAGUUCGUACCUGGCGGAGGAGGUGCUGUGGGGUCAUCGCUUCUCUCCCGUCAUGUCAUUGGCUGAGGGAUUCUUCGACGUCGACUACGGCGCCUUCCACCACAGCUUCGAGGUGGACACCCCGUCUUGUUCCGCCCACGAGCUGGCAUUGGCCACUGCCCGCCGGGAGGCCCACCUUUAUUGGUCCAUCAGCAGCCGAUUGGACGAAGAGAAUCGAUUGGAGGAGGAGGAGAAGUGGGAGGCUGCCAUUCCUUCUGUUGACCAAUCGGCACCUGACAACCCUGCCAAGCCAACAAAUCACAGCCCCCGCAACGACCCACCAACCAAUCAGAAUGGAGAUGAGAGCGGGAACAAGGAAAACGAUGAUGACCAGAAACUACAAGAAGUGGGCGGGAUCAAUGAGAGUGACGAGCCAAUCAGAAUCGUAGAUUUUGUACUGGGCGGAGGGGUAGCCAGCGACGCCAUUGGUGGAGAGCAGAAUGGAGGCGUGGCUCCGCUGACCAACCAAUCGGAAUCUGACGCCUAAAAAUGUGGUUAAAUGUGUUUUUUUAUUAUUUAAAUCAAAGAGUUUGAAAUGUUUUUUUUCUUUUAAGAUUAGAGUCUUAAACGUCUUUAUUCCUCUACAAAGGCAAAGUGCAGUAAAUACACCAACAUUGAAACCGAUAAAAAUGCCUUCAUAUCCUUGGUAUACGGUUGGAUAUUGUAGUUACUGCAAAUUUGACAAAGCAGUAUCUCUAAAACGAGACACCUUUUGGACCAUAGAGUUUUGUCAUAAGAUAAAGCAAUGUAAAGUAAUGAAGACCGUUUUUAGUCUAAAUUCUAUUAUGACAGAAUAUGUAAUUACUGCACUUUGCCAUUGGAGGGCGGUAUUGUUCCAUAGGGAUAUUUGUUUUCUAUUGUUUUGUUUUUGGCACAAAAAUGUAUAUCAGAAUGAUGGCCAUUACACGCUCAAGAAGGGCUCUGCCCGAAGCAUUUAUGGGUGAAUAAACAACGAGAGGUGGCAGGAAAUCAAAGAGAAAGAGCUGUAAAUAUUUCAAAAAGAUUAGAUUCUAUUCUAUUCUAUAGUCUUUAUAGGGAUAACUGUUUAUGUUUUAGGCACAAAAAUGUAAAAGAACCAAGAGAUGUAAAUGUUUUUAAAAGAGAAAUGCUAACGCUUUAUACCAAGUUUCAUGUGUUAGCCACUAUUAGCCUACAGGUUAGUCUAAUGUGCAAGUCAGUUAACCAUUUGUAGUCUUUUCUCCCAUUGUAAGAUGUGGCUGUUGAACUACAGAUAUGGCCUCUUCAGGUAGCCUAGUUUGUAUUUGUAGUGCAGUAGCCAUGACUUAUUAUGAGUUUCAUUGGGAGAAAAGACUACAGACGGUCAAGAGGCCAUUUGUGCAGUUCAGUUGCCAUCCAGGGACAGACAGCAGGUGUUUAAGGAAAGUGGCGUCCAGGGACAGACAGCAGGUGUUUAAGGAAAGUGGCGGAAGUAAUUGAAGAGCAAGCGGCAGAAAACAGUUGAACUUAAGCGACAAAUGAGCUUGGGUUGGGUCACGCUCCCUGAUCGAGUGCGUGAGGUUGAAUCAUUUUUCCGCGUACGUACGUCGCCCCUGAUCUGAGCUGUCCAGGCGGGACUCUGCAGCGUUCUAGAUCUUUCAACACCUUCUGUCUGUCCCUCCCUACAGUUAAAGAUGCAGUAUGUGAUAUUUUAAUUCAUUUGGAAACAAUCAAUAAACCGAUGACUUACAUGUACAGUAUUUAAUAGCAUUAGUCAUUUAUUUCCAAAUGUUAGGUUUUUCACAAAUACUUACCAAGUAUUCAUGAUAACUGGGAAAAUUGCACUGUUAAUACAAAGGUGACUCUUCUCCAUAUCAGCCAUUUUUAAAUUGCAGUGAUACACAUUUAGCUGUAAAAACUUGCUGCACUUUGGUCAUACCAGUAAAUAUUCAUGGAAAGAUCAAAUUUGGCAGUCGACGGUACAGUUUCAAUUAGUAGCACAGUAACACCUACUCUGGUCACCAUCCUACACAGUGCACAGUGCAAGAUAAAUGUUUCAUUGUUUAAUAAGACCAGUUUUAGGUAUCGUAUCAACUUUCAUUAAUAAUAAUAAUUAGUAAUACAUUUUUUAAUGGCACUCUUCUUUAAUCAAAUGUUUUCCAAUGAUUUUUGUUUCAUCACCAUAGAUAUGUACAAUACACUGUAUAUUACAAACACUCUGUUUCCCAUUGUUGACAGUGUGACGGACAUUCUGAUUCUCAUUGUUGGCAGUGUUACGAACAUUCUGAUUCCCAUUGUUGGCUUUGUUACGAACAUUCUGAUUCCCAUUGUUGGCUUUGUUACGAACAUUCUGAUUCCCAUUGUUGGCAGUGUUACGGACAUUCUGAUUGUCUCCUAUUGUUAAAGGGAACAGGAGUUAAGAAAAAAAAAAAACACAGAAAAUCAAUUCUACACACACAUGCUCACAAUUCCUCCCCAGGCCACAAUACCCUACCAUCCCAUCCCACCCCCUUGGGUCUCCAAAUAUAUCA